GAUCACGGGCGACUCUUAUUUUGAAACAAACCACAUACGGGAAGUCGGAGGGGAAAAUCAGCUGGGAUCCGCGGAAAUCGUCCACAGGACUAUUUUCGUUUACUUAGCUAGCUCUCCAUCUGUUAACUUCUCUUUCUCCCUCCCUUCAUCCGUGCUGUCAAACCGCCACCCCGGUGAUGUCGGAGUCAUACGAUUUCCUGUUUAAAUUCCUGGUGAUUGGGAACGCUGGAACAGGCAAAUCCUGUCUGCUGCACCAGUUCAUAGAGAAGAAAUUUAAGGAUGAGUCCAACCACACGAUCGGAGUGGAGUUUGGCUCCAAGAUCAUCAGUGUGGUCAACAAAAUGGUCAAACUGCAGAUCUGGGACACGGCAGGACAAGAAAGGUUCAGGUCUGUGACGAGGAGUUACUACAGAGGAGCAGCAGGAGCCCUGCUGGUCUACGAUAUCACCAGUCGAGAGACAUACAACGCUCUGACCACAUGGUUGAGUGAUGCCAGGAUGCUGGCCAGUCAAAACAUUGUCAUCAUCCUGUGCGGGAACAAGAAGGACCUGGACGCUGACAGAGAGGUCACGUUCUUGGAGGCAUCUCGCUUCGCUCAGGAGAACGAGCUGAUGUUCCUGGAGACCAGCGCUCUAACAGGGGAGAACGUUGAAGAGGCUUUUGUCCAGUGUGCACGGAAAAUCCUCAACAAGAUAGAGUCAGGAGAGCUGGAUCCAGAGAGGAUGGGCUCAGGGAUCCAAUAUGGCGACGCUGCGUUACGACAGCUCCGUUCUCCUCGCCGUGCUCAGCCGCAGGGCACCCAAGAGUGCGGCUGCUAGUGUUCGGGUCCUUUAACAAAGACAGACAAGGCAGGUUUGUGAAGACCAGGAGGAGGAGAACAGCCAUGGGAGACCCACCGACGUUGGGUGCUGGUUGCGAUGCUGGUGACUCCUCCCUGACCUUUUUGAUCUUCGACCUUUGCACGGACCCUCCAGAACCUUCGUUGCCAUGGCUGCACCUGGAAAGACUUCCCAGCCACGCCCCCAACCCCACCCUCUCAGAACUCUGAAGCUCUCCAAGGUAACCAGAGACCGCCCACCCUCCAACAAUCUGCUCCUCUAUUGGACCAAGCUGUCCCCAGCCCUCCAACCAGGACGGGAGUUACUGACAUAGCCGCGUCUCCGACCUCUCUGCUUCACACGGCGAACUCAUUUCUAGCUUCUAGCCUUGUAGGAAUACUCUACAUGUUGCUUUACGUGUUUUAAAAAAAAAAGAAAAAAAAAUUAAUUAGUUGACUUUGUGUGGCUUGAAUUUCAGAGCGAACCACAUAAACCCUUAUUAUAGGCGAAGUUAACUUGUUCCGGUUUGAUACUUACUAACGUCCCCAAACACUUGAACUAUUCCUUUAAACACAUACUCACUUAAGACGCUCUCCUUCUAUCGUAGGUCUCUUUCUCCACCCACCUACUGUGACUACCCGUCUUAAACACGCCACUAACCAUCUUCUGACUACCUUAUAUGCUCGUCCCACUCUCUCCCAGUUAAGUGCUCCGUGGCGGUGCAGCCACCGGACCGCGCACUACGCUCUCACCCUCCUUUCUUGCAUCGUUUACACCCGCCGUCUCUCUCCCCCACAGCAUCUUGCAGACUGUACAGUGGUUCUGUAUAUAAAAACUGACGCAUGUUUUCUCGAACAGAAUAUCAGAGUAUUUCAUUUUGAAGAAAUAUUAUAUGUAUAUGAAAAUACUAGAUAUCAUAUUCAGCGUUUGUUUCAUGCUCCACUGUAUUAUUAUUAAUAUUAUUAUUGUUGUUGUUGUGUCGAGCUACAAUACACUGGCAACUUGUAAGCAGUAUAGAUCGGAAGUGCUCUUUGCAGGAGGUAUUAGUGUUUGUGAAAGGGUUGCGGAAGAAAAAGUGCUGGUUUGGCAGAUUUAAUAAAACUGCUUGAGUUUUCUCUGAGCAGACACUGGGCUUUCUGUCAGCUUACUGAAAUCCUUUGUGUGAACGCUAACGUGCCGUCUUUUAAUUCACCGUGGCACUUCAGCAUCACGUUAAAAAUGGUGGUGGAACACACAACAUUCUUUUAUCAAGGACUCCAUUCAUGACAAAUUGGUCGAUGCGUCUCACUUUUAAAUGUUGCCUGUUUACACGACCGAGUGCAGCCAGCUGUGGGGUCAAACUAACGGGAAGUGCUACGACGCUCUCUGACCUGUGCUGUAUCUAUGUUUUAAACUUUGGAACAGUGAGCGCGAGGGCGCGUGUUUUGCGUUGGUACAUUCAAGCAUUGCAGCAUGUCAUAGACAAUUUCAGUUGUUUUUAACCUUCAAAUUUAGACGCUGAAAUUAGGCACUCUUCAGACAGUAGUAAUAUUUCACGAGUGUUUGGCGUCUGACGGUGGCUUCAGCUGCUCCACGUUGUCUUGUGUUAAUGUCAUCAGGUCCUUGUUUAUAUUUCUGUAUGUCUGUUUUUCUCUCGACAUUCUGGAUAUCAUAGAUUUUUAAUUUAUUGUGUAUGAUAAAAGCAUAUGUUUUUAAAAUAAAAAAAACACUGCAAAUCCUG